UCCGCCUUUAGACACAUGCUUUUAGUAAGCAGUGAUACCGAGGCUAGAUUUAUCCUUUUUCACUGAUAAUUAUUGAGGCUGUACAGGGAAAGGCGCAGUGAGGACUGUUUUCCCUUCCUGUGCACUUUUUAAGUCGGCAGAUGUCGAUCGUAAUCAUAAUAAAUAAGCAAAGCACUCUGGGUGCAGCAAUCCUUUGCCUUUAAGGAGUUUCGACGGAAGUCCCGGUGAAUGCAACCUGAUGCCGCAUUGGGAGGUAGUACUUGCACACAGGUCUACGGCGGAGCUGGGGCGCGAGUUUGCUGGGGACACGGCCGAGGUGGAACGCGGCCCGGAGCAGCGCGCGAGCACCAUGUGAGCUCGAGCUGGUCGGCAACGUUCGCACCAGCACGCGGCGCCUUUCAGUCCCCGUCGCCGCACUCUGCCCGUCUCCUUUGUGCGGAUACGGUGCAACAACUUGCGUUUAUUUUCUUCUUGCCCUUUCCAACUCUUUCAAGCCAAUGGAACCCAUCACAAAGUGGACGCCGAAGCAAGUGGUGGAGUGGAUUAAAGGGUUGGAUGAUUACUUACAGUGCUAUGUUCACAAUUUUGAACGAGAGAAAAUAAAUGGUGAGCAGCUUCUCCAGAUUACUCAUCAGGAUCUUGAAGAAUUAGGAGUUACACGCAUUGGUCACCAGGAACUAAUCCUUGAGGCUGUGGAUCUACUUUGUGCCUUGAAUUUUGGAUUGGAAACAGAAAAUAUGAAGAAUUUGGCCCUGAAAUUACGGAUUGCAACCAAUGGCCUCCAGAAUUUUAUCAGUGCAAGAAGAAAAGGUGCUGCUUAUGAUGGUGCAACUUCUCGCAAACCCCCCAAUGACUUCCUUACCUCAGUUGUGGACCUCAUUGCUGCUGCUAAGGCUUUGUUGGCCUGGCUGGACAGGUCACCAUUUACAGGGAUCAGUGAUUAUUCAAUGAUGAAAAACAAGAUUAUACAGCUGUGUUUGGAUUUGACAACAACUGUUCAACAGGACUCCACUGUGUUUGAAAUGGAAGAUCGUGUUAUUAAUGUUUGUAAAGUUCUUCAUGGUAUUUGUGAUCAAACAAUUAGAUCCACAUCAGAUCCUUUAUUAAGCCAGAGUGCUUGUUUAGAGGAGGUUCAGUUGGUAAACAUCAAACCAAGUGAAGGACUGGGCAUGUAUAUUAAAUCAACCUAUGAUGGAUUACAUAUUGUAACUGGUACGACAGAAAAUUCACCUGCUGAUAGAUCACGAAAGAUUCAUGCUGGUGAUGAGGUGAUUCAGGUGAAUCAGCAGACUGUUGUUGGAUGGCAGUUAAAAAAUCUCGUUGGAAAACUUCGUGAAGAUCCUGCAGGUGUGAUGCUUUUGUUGAAGAAAAGGCCAGCAAACACGUGCAACUUCACUCCAGCUCCUCUUAAGAAUAUGCGCUGGAAACCGCCAGCUGUGCAGACGAGUCCUUCGCAGACUGCAACUCCAUCAACAGCCAGUACAAUGGAGAUGUCUCAAAAGAAAGAAAAGCCUGCCAUUAAGGAUCUGUACAUCCCACCACCACCAGUUGUUCCAUAUACUCCUCGGAAUGACCAAGGGGACCUUGAUUAUGAAGAGGUCAGCAAGCAUGGACCAAUCAGGCCAGUACCCAAGGGGUCAGAGUCGCCCAACUCUUUCCUUGAUCAAGAAUACCAGAGACGGCGGUUUACCAUUGCGGAUUAUGAUCAGUUGCCUCCCUAUGCAUUUGAAGUGCCAAUGCCCACUAGGAUGCGGGACAAAACACAGUUAUAUGGAAGACCUCGACCUCUGUCAAUGCCUGUGGGGAGGAGCUGGAUGGGUGGAGUUGAAGUUUGUCCAAGAUUCCGAGGGGAAGGAAGGAAAGGUGAGGACUACCUCUACAGGUACUUCAGCAAUGAUAGAAUCUCACCAAUUAAUGAAGACUUUGUUGCAACACCCAUUUCUGGACCAAUAGCUAGCAACCACUCUGGAAGGGCUGUGAGUGGGAAAGAUUCUGUUGGCCCUGAACACCUCACCAGUAUGACAUUCCCUAUUCAGCAAGAUGGGCCCAAAAAAACCUUCAAUUCAACAAGGAAAAGCUCACCAGAACAUUCAUCGCCGGUCAGUUGGAUUACAAGAUUUAAACUAUUAACUCACACUGACCAGUUUGAGCUGAAACUUCCUGUACGUUUUGACAGUGUGUCAUUAACCAAUAUAGCUUUCAAGAGGGUCAGUGACUUGAAGGACUUGUCUUCCUCGGGUUCAGUCCCAUCUGCAGGAGCAGCUAAUGGCAACCCAGCUGUUUUACUGCGUUCAACAAGAAAGAAGACUCGAGGAAGCUCAAAUAUGAGCAGAAGAAGAAUUUCCUGCAAAGACCUUGGCCGUGCAGACUUCCAGGGAUGGCUGUACAAGAAGAAAACCAACAAGGGUCUUAUUGGCAACAAAUGGAAAAAGUAUUGGUUUGUACUGAAAGGGACCUACCUGUACUGGUACACCAACCAGGCUGCAGAGAAAGCCGAAGGCUUCAUUAAUUUACCAGAGUUCAAAAUUGAUCAAGGCACAGAAUGCAAAAAGAAACAUGCAAUAAAGGCCAGCCAUUCUAAACUCAAAAGCUUCUACUUUGCUGCAGAGAAUGCUGAUGACAUGAGCACAUGGAUUAAUAAAAUGGGAUUAGCUGCCAUUGAGUAUGUUCUACCAGCCUCGGAAGCAAAAACUGAAGAAUGUUGGAGUGAGAGUGAACAAGAGGAUGCAGAGGUUCCAACAGAGACACCACCCCCAUCACAUGCAUCGCAACCACAAGAACGUCAUACACCUCCACUUCAGUUUCCAUUCACAUCCAGCGAAACAUCAAUUUCAUUUUCUUCGGAAAGCACGGCAUCAUCCGCAUCAGCAUCAGCAGCUUCACUAUCACAACGUUCCUCUCAGGGACGACAAUCCUGGCAUGACAUUGUUAAUUCAUCACAUUACAAUAUUGAAAGCCAGUCAUCAACAUCUGAUCUACAAAAUAGUGCGGGACCGUCACAGCAAGUAAUACGUGGAAGUGCUAAAGAUGAGCUGAAUAGGAUUACUUCUGAAUCAGACGGGAAUCUGACUGCAAGAGUAACAGAAUUCGUUCUUGGGGGAGAAGCUACUGAAAAUUCAGAACACUCAGCUGUUCUAAGCACAUGUGAGAAAGAACAACCACAAAAUUCUGAUGAAAUGGAGCAGUUGUAUAAAUCCUUAGAGCAAGCAAGUCUUUCUCCUACUGGACAACGCCGAUCUUCAACAAAGAGGGAUUACAGGCGGUCCUUUAUAAAGCGCAGCAAAAAUCCUCUUAUCAAUGAAAGACUGCACAAAUUCAGAGCAUUGAACAGUACUUUAAAGGCCAAAGAAGCUGACCUAACUGUAAUAAAUCAACUCCUGGAAAGUUCACAGCUGACGUCAGAGAAAUUCCGACAAUGGAAAGAAGAUUAUUCACUAUUGCUGCAGGAUAUUUGCAAAGGAUCCCAGUCUAAAGUCUGCUUAGAAAGAAAUGCUGGUAUGAUGGAGAAUUGGGAUUCAUCAUCCAUUGAAACAGAUGUUUAAUAUUUGAGAUUUAAUUUACUCAACAUGGUACUUUACUGUCUUGGUCAAGCUAGACUGUUUUCUGAAGCACUAAGAGGUGCAGGACUUCCAGCAAGCCAAAACAGCCUGCAAACAAUGAAAGCCAUCAACUACGGUGAUUAGAAGUCGUCCUUUUCUGCUUUCAUUGUAGGACUUGAGGAUGUUUAUUUAAUUUACAGGCAAUUACACUGAGUAAUGGCUACAGUUUUAUUUGUAAGUAAACAGAACUCUCUGGAGCGUAAAAAUUUAUAGAUGACAUUCUCACAGGUUAAGGAAUGUGCAUACAUUCAUAGUCUAUUUUGUGAUAUUCUAUUUAUUCUGCGAUCGCUAUUGGGCUUGAAAUGGUUCUGAAGCCUGUAGCAAUUGAAAUAUAUUUGCACGUGUAAAAAUUUUAUACAUACAAAAUUCCACUUAAAGGAACAAAUACAAUGACUUCCCUGAAAUUAAAGGCCAAUUUGCAUACUAAGUCCAUUCAAUUCCAAUCUAUAUUUUUAUUUAAAAAGUUAACUAUUACAAAUUAAACCAUCUACACAUUUAAAAAGUACCUGGCUAUGUCUUUGACCUCCAGGUUUAUGGAGCUGGUGCUAGAAGGUGGAUUAGGCGGGUUAGUUCUUUUCCAGCAAUGGGCCAAUAGACCUCCUACUGUGUUGUAAAUCUUCUAUAAUUUCAAAGCCUACAUUUACAUUCUCUUUUAAUUGUACUAAUCAAAGGUAUGUUGUAAAGCAUAAUAAACUGAGGAA